AUGAGUAAUCUACCAGUUAGUUCACGUCUUAAGGCACCUGCUAGUAGAAUUUCUAAAGCACCAGCGCCAAAAUCUGACAGCAUUGUUGCCCCAAGAUCAAGCGGUUUAAAGCCUCCUUCGUCGACAGAUAUUUCAUCGAAAAGUGGUUUAAAACAGCCUGUUUUGAAACGUUCGAAUGGCCCACAGGAAACUCCUAAAACCGAAAAAAGAAGUGCGUUGCCUUCUAGUACAAAUGCAAUUUUAACUCCACGAACUGUUAAGCAAAACGGAUCACUUGGUAAAUCGAAGUUAGGUCUUGUUGCCCCUAAAUCUAAUUUCGGUGACGGUGCUGCACUGAGGCGAGAUUCGUCCAAAGAAGUCCAUUCUACAAGUCUAAGACGUGAAUUAUCUAGUUCUCAAAGCUCUCUUGUUAAAGAACAAAUACCUCCCGUCUUAACUCGAGAGAAAACUCAAGAAUCUCUAAAAGAUGAGGCGACAGGGAUUCUGUUUAAAGUUGGCGAUCGUGUUCUUGUAGCAGGCACCAAAUCUGGAGUUAUUGAGUAUUUAGGCGGAACAAAAUUUGCCAAAGGUCUUUGGGCUGGCGUGAAAUUAGAUGAAGCUGAAGGGAAAAAUGAUGGCUCUGUUGCUGGUGUUAGAUAUUUUGACUGCCAGCCAUUGCAUGGUGUAUUCUCUAAACCAAACAGACUUCAUAAAAUAAACAUUGUUUCUAAAAACUCCACGUCCGAUGUCAAUACAAUUUUAAGCGAGUCUUUGAAAAUUGGAGACGAAGUUUUAGUAGGCGGUAGUAAAUUGGGGAUUUUAAGAUAUCUUGGACCUACUGAAUUUGCUAAAGGUGAAUGGGCAGGUGUUGAAUUGAAAGAACCAUUAGGAAAGAAUGACGGGGCUGUAGCUGGAACAAGGUAUUUCACUUGUGAGAUGUUGUAUGGUCUGUUUGCACCAUCUUCUAAAGUUACGAAGUCUAAGAAGAAAGUGUUUAAUGCAAAACUGUCAAAUUCACCCAUACCAUCACUGGAUGUUGCUGCCAAGAUGGUCUUCAGUAAAACGUCUUCAAUAGACUCUGAUGUUGCAUCUGAGACACUGCCUCAUCUUCCAUCUCCUGGUGAAAAACAUAUUGCUGAGGAUGAUGACCUUUCAAAAUCCAAUGAAUCACAUCAUAUUGGCCUAAAGAAGACAACAUCAAACACACAACAAGUUGUUGCACUGCAGAGUGCCCUUGAAGAGCGAGAACGGGAAAUCCAUAAAAUGUUAGUGGAGCGAGAAAAUGAGAAGGUUAACGAUGUCACAUUGAAUGGAAAGAGCAGCAAAAACUCCAUCAAUGAGCAGCUUUUGAAAGAUAAAGAUGACAUUAUUAAUGCCCUCAAAUCAAAUCUCCAAACAGCAAAAUCUGAAAACUCUAUAAUUCAAGCAAAACUUGAUGAAGAAAAGAAGAAAUAUGAAGAAUUGCAAUUUAUGCUGGAAGAAGAAAAAAUCACAGAUGAUGAACUUAAGGAUCAUGUGAAACAGGACGAAACCACCAUCAAAGAACUAUCAUCACAAUAUGAAGAAAAGAAUCUGAAAAUCACAGAAUUACAAAAUGAACUGCUCGAAGCUCGUUUGGAUAAGCAGGCCAACGAAGCGAAGUUGAAGGAACUUAGAGUAGAGCUGGAUGAAUCACGGAAUGAUUUUGAAAAUUUAAAACGGAGUGUUGACACAACAAAUAAAGAUAGUGACCAUAAACUGGAGAUGUCAUUGGAAAAUAUGAAAAAAGAAUUACAUGAAAGUAAGCAGUUAUUGAUCAAGAAAGAUCACGAAUCAUCUGAACUACAGAAAAUGUUGAAUGAUCAACGAGAAUACAUGGAGAAGGAGAGAGUGAAUUUGAACGAUAGGUUAUCAACCGUCGAGAAUGAAAAGACCGCAGCUAAAGGAGACGUUUUGAGGAUGAAGCAAGAGAACGAAUCGUUGAAUGAAGAACUAAGACAAUAUAAACAUACGAACAUAGAAAUAGAAACCAACCUAAAGAUAAGAGAGGAGAAAUUGCAAACUUUAGAAAGAAAAUAUAAUGAACUAUCUAGAGAAAAUCUGGCUGCCAUGAGCGAGAAAGAUGAAAAUAGCAAGAUCACGUUGAUGAAUUUGAACGCGAGAAUUACUGAACUGGAGGGAGAAUUGAUUGAGGCUAAGGCUAAUGUGUCUCAACUGGAGAACAAUAUGGCUUUAGAGAGAGAUAUAGCAAAACAGAAGGAGAAGCAAUUGGAUGAUCACCUCGUGAACGCCAAAAAACAACUCGAGGAGAGUAUUGAAGAUUCCAAAAUUAAACAACAAGUCGCGAAUGAUAUGGAAAAUAAACUAAACAUUCAAUUAAAUCGAGAAAAAGAAAUCAUAAAAGAAAAGGAGGAAUUGGAUCAGGCGUUCUGCCUUGAGAAAGAAGUUCUUCAGAGCGAAAUAAACUCUCUCACUCUGACCAUUAACGAUCUUCGAGAAAAACAAAAUAUCUUAGCUGAAAAUCAUCGAAUAGAAAUUUCAUCGCAGAUCAGUAAAGCUGCAUCGAAAGAGAAAGAGCUUCAAGUAUUGAUCAAAGAAUGCGAACGUUUGAAAGAUGAAACGGUUUCAGCAAAGGAAAACUUACAUUUGGAAUACAAAAAUUUGGAGACAAAAUGUCGCGAAUUGACUCAAAAAAAUGUAGAAUUGGUUGCCGAAAGAAAUGAUGUUAUCAAGUUGUGUGAUGAACAGGAUAAACAGCUUGAUGCUUUGAAAACUGAGGAAGGUAAACUGACUUUAGAACGAGAUUCGUUGCUUAAAGAAAAAGACGAACUAUCGAUUGAAGUUGCUUCCUUAGAAUCCCAGAUAGAAACAAUAAAUUCUGAAUCCGGUCGACAAAAAAAUGAACAGCAAGAAGCUAUGGAAUCGCGAUUAUCUUCGUUGAAAUCACAGUUGGAGAUUGCGAAGAAAGAAAAUGUCGGGAAUACUGAUUUCAUUAAUAAUUUGCAAAAAGAAAAAAAGACUUUAGAACAUGUCAUUGCUACCAAGACUAAUGAAAUUAAUAAAUUAAAAAACGAACAAAUUCAGCUUCAAGAAAAAUCUGAAGAGCUAGAGAGUCAAGUCAGCAAUCUUUCAAAAAAAAUGAGCGACGCUGCUGAGAAUGCAUCCCUAAAGACAAAAGACUUGAACAGUGAAGUUUUGAUACUUAAAGAGGAUUUUGAAGAAGCGAAAAAUGCAUUGAAAGAGAAGGAAGAUGAGAUAAGAAUUUAUCAAGAACAAAUCGAAAAGAUGGGAAACGAUGAUUUUCCUAAAUCACCGAUGGAUGGCGAUAUUCUUGAGAAUGCAUCCGCUUUGAUGUUGCGUUUACACGAAGCUGAAUCUAAACUUGCUGUUGUUCAAUCUGAGAAAGAGUCUGCAGAGGAACAGGUUGAAUUUUUAAAUUCCAUCAUUGUGGAUCUUAAGAAUAAAAACCAGAAAGCCGAACAAACUAUUGCAUUAUUGGAGGCUAGUGACGAACCAAUUUUACUGCAAGGUCUGGAGUCUGAUAGCGACGACGACGACGACCACAUUGGAAAACCCAAAUACAGUUUGCGAAAGUUUUGCGAUAUUUGUGAUGUGUUUGAUCAACACGAAACAGAUGAAUGUCCUCUACAGGAGAGCGGUGAAGGUAACGAAGGAUCAAAACAUCAUGGAGAUAGAAAUAUGGAGAGACCUUAUUGUGGGAUAUGUGAGGUUUUUGAUCAUUGGACCGAGGACUGUAAUGAUGAACAGACAUUUUAAAUCAGUGACUAAUUGAAGAACGCAUAAGAACUGUGGGCGAAAUUUUUUGUUGAAAUUUUAUUUUUAUAAACAGUGCACAUUGAUAAGAUGUACAUAAUUUACGAGAAACUUAGUUAUGUUUAGUAAAUGUAGCAUAUGAACCAAGCGUUACCAUCGCGCAUAUAAUUAUAAUGAAGAUUUGCUACCUUACUAUAUAUGAUCACGCUCAAGGCUGUAAACUUACGAUCUAUUAUACUAGAGGAAGCUAGUCUUGUACUUUAUUCGUAUUUAUAGAGCAGGUCAUUGAUAUUUUCUCUUGAUUACAUUGCAUAAACAACAAAAGUAAGCAGAUUUAAUACAAAAUGUGUUUGGUCUAAUCUGUGCAUAGUGCAAGAAACGUUGUAUUCUAAUUAAUUUUUACUUUGCGUUAAUGGACGUAAAAGCAGUAAAUGUGAUAGUUGAAAUAAAAUUUUUGUUUUAUAUCGUAA